AUACCAAAUUCCACUGCAUGCGAAACACACGAACAACUAGCUUUAAACAUAGAAGGUAACCUGUGGCAAAAGUGUAUAACUUAACAUUAAUGGAAUUGAAGAAAUCUCAUUUUCAAACUACAGACGACAUCACGAAAUUGGCGAAAGAACUAAAUUCCAAUCAGCAUAAUAUAGAUGAACAACAGAAAAUGGAAACAGAGGUUCAACAAAUCACAGAAGUAGUGAAUGAACUCGUAGUCGUACCUGACGUCAACAAAAAAAACAGUGAAAGAUUGAAGAAACUAAAAAAAUUGAAACUUGUAAACAUAAAAAGACGACAGGGUAAACCAAGAACAACUAAAAAGCUUGAUAAAUACAAGUACAGUCCCAAACCAUUCCUGAAAAAAAAAUCACACGAGAAAAAUAGAAUGUUUCUUUCAUGGACAACAGGAAAAGAGAAAUCUCACUACCUGUUACUCAACCAACAAAAAGCUGAUCGAAAACAUCUCACCCAUGCCAGCCAAAUGAGUACAGCAGUUCUCGAAGAUGAUGUACAAAGCGUAUUACAAUCAUUUCAAAACCUCUUCACUGAAGAAGGAUGGAAACAACUAAUGACAAACAGUAAAAAUAAUCUUAUCACUAAUUUAAAAAGAUACUAUUCAAAUUUAUCACUAGUUCAUGAACGAAAUCAAACAACACUGGAAUACAUCUGUCCAACUUGCCGCAAACCUGAAGGCACCAAAAAAGAACCUUGGAUUUUCUGUGAGUCAUGCCAAUUGUGGCAUCACUACAGCUGUCAAGCCAUUAAAAAAAAACCACAAUCAAGCAAUUAUACCUGUACAAUCUGUCGAAAGUCGAAAUAAACAAUUGAUUCAGGUUAAA